AGGCCUUGGAGCAGGUGGUCCAAGAGCUGCUGCACAUGGCGCAGCCACCACCUGCGCCACCAACGGAAGAACUUUUUCAGUUCCCGUUGUUUUUCCCCAAAGAGUUCUCGCCUGCAUCUCUCUGCGAUCCGGAGACAUUGCCCCUGCGAGCUUUGACCAAUGGAGACUUUGCCUUUGGCCCCGGAUGGGUGGACUACCGAGGUGUUCGCGUGCCGCACAUGUCCAUGGAAACCAUCUUGAAGCGGAUCAGGCGGAAAAACGUGCAGCUUUCGCGAUGGGUGGUAAAUUUGGGUGCUGCCGAUGGCCGCUGUGGGCGUGGAACAGAGGUCCUUGAUCCUGCCAACUGCUUGGUGGAGGAACAGAAUUUCCAUGGCUUGCUGAUCGAGGGGAACGAGUCCUUGGCUUUGGCAACACAUGCGAGGUUGGGAGAUGACCGGCUGAAUGAUGUGUUGGUCCGCGCGGCUGCCAUCACACCUUCCACAGUAGCAGACCUGGUGCUCGGGCAGUUGCCCGUCAAUGAGGUGGACCUGCUGAAAAUCGACGUGGAUUCCAUUCCGCAUGAUGCACUCCUGGUGGCUUUGCUAUCUUCCGGCCUGCGUGCCAAGGUGCUCCACACGGAGAUCGGCCCAUGGUUUCCACCACACGCGCAGUACUGGCGAGACUAUGGUCUAUCAGAGCCGCUGGUCUACACUCCUCGCCCAGAAAUCAUUGGUUUGAAUCCCUCACUCUCGAGGGUGGAUGAGGUGGUGAAACCUUUCGGCUACGAGCUGCUCCAGGUGGAGCUCUACGAUGCCAUUUGGAUUCGCAAGGACUAUCUGGACGCCUUUCCUGGCAGUGAUCACGAUCUCUAUGCCAAGUGGUUGGUUGGCGCUUUCUGCAAUCCUGGUUUUCUGCGCUUUGGGGAAAACUUCAGGUUCGGCCGCUACGAUUAUCGUGCGUGGGCAAAUCCAGAAGUGCCAUGGGAGGAACGUGGUGAAGCGAUGCGAAGCUUGUUGCAGCGUGCGCAAGGACCUAGUGGUUGGCACUUGAAACUGGAGGAAAAGUCCGGCGGCAGACAUCUCGGAGACCUCAUGCCCGGCCACAUUGAUCACCGGACGUGGCGCGAGGAGAGGUGGGAGAUGGAGUUGCUGCAAGCGUUGGCGCUGGAGCAAGAAAGACUGCUGAGGCGAGCGGACGAGGAGCACCAAGCAUGGAGGCGGACGCUCCAAGAAAGCUUUCGUUGUCUCACACAAAGAGAACUCGCUCAAGAAGGUGUGUCUGAGGUCUUUGCCCAGUUGCUCGACGUGCGUCCGGGCGACCAACCAAUCCUGCCUGAGGACAUCGAUCCUGUGCCGAUUUGUUUGGACUGCCUGGACCGCCUGGACUCGGAGUCAAGUGAGGAAGAAAAAGUCAGCAAGGUGUUGUCUGUCACGGAGUCUCGUGCAUCGGGCAGGGGUCCAUCUCCGCAAUCGGUGGCAGAGCUGCGAAGCCUCAUGAGCGACGACUCCAAUCAUUGGUUUCGCUGCACGAUAUUCCCAUGGCUCGACUACGUUGCAGGGAUUGCUGUUUUGCUCAACACCAUCUUGAUGCUGACGCAGUUGGAACUGGAUGGUCGUGCUGCUGCAGUUGUUCUGGGCCUGGAAUCGCGUGAUUUCACACAUACGCUGCAAGUGAUGCAGGGCUUUGAAGCUUCCUUCGUUUUUUUCUACAUUGUCGAGCUCUUGUUGAGGAUAUGGGUAGAGCGUCUAUCUUUCUUCAAGGAUGUGCCCAAUCUCUUCGACUGCGGUUUGGUGAUUCUCGGCAUUGUGGACGUUGUUGUCAGCAGUCCGUUUGAUGGGGUCAAGAGCCCUGUGGAGGAUCAGCCCAGCUUGAAGCUGAUGCGAAGCUUAAAGUCCAUGCGUGCCCUCCGUUUGGUGCGAACCUUCCGCUUUGUGCGUGGUUUGCGGCUGCUGGUCACUGCCUGCAAAUGUUUCAUUCCCUCCUUGUUUUGGUCUAUGGUUCUCCUCGCUGUUUUCAUGACAAUGGGGGCAUUGACCCUUGGAACAACACUCCAAACGUUCAUCACCGAUGAUGCCGUGGAGCUUGAUGCAAAGCUUUGGGUGUGGAGCCGCUAUGGUACUGCUUUCCGGGCAAUUUACACAAUGUAUGAAGUGACCUUUGCCGGGAAUUGGCCAACGAAUGCAAGGCCAGUCAUUGAGUCGGUCAACCCCCUUUUUGCGAUCUUCUACAUUGGCUACAUUACUGUUAUUGUGUUUGCUUUGAUACGGGUCAUCUCUGCGCUUUUUUUGAAAGACACAUUAGAUGCCGCGCAGAGCGAUGCAGAUUUGGCAGUGGUGGACAAGAAAGAGCGCCGCAGAGUGUAUGUGACAAAGCUAGAGGCCCUCUUUGAAGCCAUUGAUACCAAGAAGAGUGGCAUGAUCAAUGAGAAACAAUUAUCGCAAAUCACUCGAUGCCGAAUGUCCACGCUUACCUUGAGACUUUGGGAGAGUGCCGCGUUGUUCCACUUGUUAGAUGAUGGCGAUGGAGAAGUAACAAGAGAAGAAUUUAUCAAUGGCAUCAUGCAUUGCAAAGGCGAAGCACGCGCGAUUGACCAAGUCAUCAUGCAUGCAGAGCUGAAGCUUGUGACCAAGAGGUUGGAAGGUUUGUGUAAACACAUGGGCUGCAAAAAGAAAUCUUCUUUAUUAUCUCCCAUGCAACGGAGACAAAAAGCCUUCAAAGAAAAGGCAGAACAUUUGAAGACUUUCAGACAGUCUCAAAGUGACAUGAGGUUACGUUGA